AUGCGUAUAGCAACAUGGAAUGUAGGCUCCAUGACCGGACGCGGCGCAGAGCUGAGCGAAGUUCUUCUCAGACGCAAGGUUGCCGUGUGUUGCAUACAGGAGACCAAGUGGAGGGGGUCUAAGGCGCGAAACAUCGGAAACGGAUACAAAUUUAUCUAUCACGGCACGACCGCAAAGCAGAAUGGUGUAGGCAUCGCGAUAAAUAGUGAUCUGCAGGAGCGUAUAGUAGAAGUCACACGUGUUAGCGACCGUAUCAUAGCAGUGAAAUUAGCAUUGGACAACCAACCGUGUAUGAACGUGGUAUCAGCUUAUGCUCCUCAGAUGGGAUGCAGUACUGCGGAGAAACAAAGCUUCUGGGAUAACUUAAGCGAUUUAAUGCAAUCCUACCCGCUCGACGAAACCAACUAUGUCGCGGGAGACCUUAACGGCCAUGUUGGAAGCACCUCACCAUGUCAUCAGAGAGUACACGGCGGCCAAGGUUAUGGAAACCAGAAUGCGCAAGGUGUCGAUAUCUUGAACUUCGCGGUCACUCAUGACAUGGCUAUAAUUAACACAUUUUUCAUAAAACCGGACGAACAUAAGAUCACGUACAAAAGUGGUGGAUCAAGCACCCAAAUUGACUACAUCCUUGCGGACCGUUCUAAAGUAUGUACAUUCAAGGACUGCAAAAUCAUACCUGGGGAGCCUCUCGCAACGCAACAUCGAUUAUUAGUCGCUGAUUUCCUUAUGUCGAAGCCUAUAAAGGUUCAUAAAGAAAAGAUACCUAAAAUCCGCUGGUACAAACUGGCACACUUGGAGGGAGACCGUCUGAUUAAGAAAAUACAACAACAUCUGGAUGAAAAUCCACAGACAGACAACAGCACAGCCGAUACAUUAUGGACCGGAUUCAAGGAUCAUUGCAUACAAAAUGCCGCUGAACUACUGGGAAUCUCUAAAGGCCCACCUGCGAAUAACAAGAAAGCAAAGUGGUGGAAAUCGGAGGUUGAAGAAACAGUCAAAACCAAGAAAACCCUUUUUAAGACUUGGCAACAAAGUGGAAGAGAUGAAGAUCGCGAAAACUAUCGCACUGCAAAAAGGGAGGCCAAACGAGAAGUUGCACAUGCUAGAGCACAAUGCGAUGAUGACUUCUACAGCAGGCUGGAAAAAGCUAAGGAUGACAGAGAACUGUUUAAAAUCGCAAGGCAAAGGCAUACGAACAGCAUGGAUGUGCGCUCUACGAAAUACAUCAACAACUUUCAAAGGCCAACUGUUGACCUCUAA